UCCCUGCGGGUAGCCUGGAGCUGGGGCAGAGUUCCAAGCUCACGGCCCCGGUUGCGGCCGCACCGCCCUCCCGCGCCGCGCGCCGGGAGCGGGCCUAGAGCGCUCGCCUACCACCUCCGCGAGCCGGUCUCCGGCGCCCGCCCCGGUCCGCACCGCUGGCAGUCUGAAGAGAGUCACUGGCCGUGGUCGCCGCUAGGUAGGAUAUAUCUGCAUUUUGAAAGGAAGAUAAAAGCCUUCUUUGGAAUAGAUGGAUUUUUGUCACUUUCUGUGAACUAAAGCGAUUCAAUGUCUCUUUUGGAUUGUUUCUGCACUUCAAGAACACAAGUUGAAUCACUCAGACCUGAAAAACAGUCUGAAACCAGUAUCCAUCAAUACUUGGUCGAUGAGCCAACCCUUUCCUGGUCACCUGCAACCACGAGAGCCAGUGAAGUAGCAUGUUCCACCAACGUUUCUCACUAUGAGCUCCAAGUAGAAAUAGGAAGAGGAUUUGACAACUUGACUUCUGUCCAUCUUGCACGGCAUACUCCUACGGGAACACUGGUAACUAUAAAAAUUACAAAUCUGGAAAACUGUAAUGAAGAACGCCUGAAAGCUUUACAGAAAGCCGUGAUUCUAUCUCACUUUUUCCGGCAUCCCAAUAUUACAACUUACUGGACAGUUUUCACUGUUGGCAGCUGGCUUUGGGUUAUUUCUCCAUUUAUGGCCUAUGGUUCAGCAAGUCAACUCUUGAGGACCUAUUUUCCUGAAGGAAUGAGUGAAACUUUAAUAAGAAACAUUCUCUUUGGAGCAGUGAGAGGGUUGAACUAUCUACACCAAAACGGCUGUAUUCACAGGAGUAUUAAAGCCAGCCAUAUCCUCAUUUCUGGUGAUGGCCUAGUGACACUCUCUGGCCUGUCCCAUCUGCAUAGUUUGGUUAAGCAUGGACAGAGGCAUAGGGCUGUGUAUGAUUUCCCACAGUUCAGCACAUCAGUGCAGCCGUGGCUGAGCCCAGAACUACUGAGACAGGAUUUACAUGGCUAUAAUGUGAAGUCAGAUAUUUACAGUGUUGGUAUUACAGCAUGUGAAUUAGCCAGUGGGCAGGUGCCUUUCCAGGACCUGCAUAGAACUCAGAUGCUGUUACAGAAACUGAAAGGUCCUCCUUAUAGCCCAUUGGAUAUCAGUAUUUUCCCUCAAUCAGAAUCCAGAAUGAAAAGUUCCCGGUCAGGUAUAGACUCUGGGAUUGGAGAAAGUGUGCUUGUCUCCAGUGGAACUCACACAGUAAAUAGUGACCGAUUACACACACCAUCCUCAAAAACCUUCUCUCCUGCCUUC